AUGGGUCACACUUUCUACGACGGCACUAUUGUGGUGCUUCAAAGCGUCCUCGACACACUUUCACAUAUACUCCACCAAGCUGAGAAAGCCCCCAAUGCCAACGCUCUCCCUGAGGCUCGUUUGCAUGCAGACAUGUAUCCUCUGACUGAUCAGAUUCGCCUUGCUGUUCAGUUCACGGAGAAUUUGACAGCGAAGGUAUCUGGUCGGGAGCCGACGACUUACGAGGGUAGCCCGUUGACGUUCGCGGAAUUCCACGAGCGCAUCGAAACAGUGCGGAAGUCGCUUAACGAAGCCGACAAGAACUACAUCAACGAAAAUUACGACAAGGACGGACCCACUAAGAUUGCGCCUACUGUCUCAAUUGAUGUUACCAACGCUGUUUAUGCCCAUCGCAUUGCUUUGCCGAACAUUUACUUCCACCUCACGACCGCUUACGGAAUUCUGCGCAAGGAGGGCAUUCCUCUUGGAAAGGUUGACUACUUUACCGGCUUUUUCCCGCCCGGCGAGGCCAAGGGUUACUAG